AUGCAUAUCCUAUUUGUAUGGGGUGUACUACUAAGUGCCACAUGUACAGUCCUCGUUGAAACUUGUGAAGAUGGCUGUCAAUGCCAAGUACCUUUUACCAUCUUCUGCUCAAGUCGCAAGAACCCCAGUUUUCCCCGGAACAUACCUCAGAACACCUUAAGCCUUUACCUUUUUGAGAAUGGCAUCAGUUCCAUAGAAGAAAGCAGUUUUUCAGGUUUGUGGGACUUGCAGCUCCUAGAUCUAUCUCAUAACAAGCUGUCUCAUCUACCUGGUGGAGUUUUUAAGAGCUUGGCAAACCUCAGCAACCUUGACCUUUCAUCUAAUCAAGUUACCGAGAUCUCUGCAGAGACCUUUCAAGGGCUCGGUCGGUUAGAAAGGUUGUAUCUCAGUGGUAAUCAGAUUCGUAGUAUUCAUUCCGAUGCCUUCAGAGGUCUUGAGAACUUGCUUGAACUGAAGCUGUCACAGAAUCAACUAGUUGUAGCACCAGCUUUCUCCUUACCACAUCUUUUGCUCUUGGAUCUUAGCUACAAUGAUAUUCCCACCAUCCAACCUGGAGUAUUCCAUGCAAGCAAUAUUGAGACUCUAAGACUGGCUGGUCUUGGCCUAAAAGAAGUACCAGCAGACCUAUUGAAUGGCCUCAGGAAUCUUCAUGAUCUAGACCUGUCUCAUAAUCAGCUUAGUAAACUGCCACCUGGUCUACGUGGCUUAACCAAACUCAACCUUGCUGACAAUGCUGCAAUUUCUCAGCUUCAGCCAGAUGAUUUCUCUGGUCUUACUGGAUUACAGGAUUUAGAUUUAAGUGGGUUGAAUCUUCGUACUUUGCCAAAGGGUCUUUUCCAAUCUUCAAAACGCCUUCGUGGCAUAAGCCUGGCACAAAACCCUUUUAAUUGUGUGUGCUUAUUAAGCUGGCUGACAGAAUGGCUACGAGUGAGUGGGGUUGUUCUGCUGCGUUCUGAUGAAACUCGCUGUCAUUUCCCUCCCAAAAAUUCUGGCAAGAUUUUACGUAAUUUACAAAGUUCUGACUUUGGAUGUCCAAUACCAACAACAGUCUUUGUGCCUACAACCUUAGCACCUACCACUACUGCGCCACCACCUACAACUACAACUUCUAAACCAACAGCCAGACCAACCUCUGUCCCAACCACCACCAUUCCACCUUAUCAGACAGAAAUUCAAGACCCCGACAUACCAACUGCAUAUGACCAAUUGUGUCCACCUCAAACUUGCUUGAAUGGUGGUUUCUGUAGAAUGAACCCACUUGGGGAACUAGAAUGUGAAUGUCCAGCUGGAUUCUAUGGUAUGUUUUGUGAGAUGCUGUCAUUAACACCCUUUGCUGAACAGCCUAUAUUACAACUGCAAGUGAUUGAAGUAACCAGCGGCUCUAUUAAAGUUGAUCUACAAAGUUAUAUUGAAAACAAGAAACACCUACCGGGACUUAGACUCACGGUCCAAAACCUGUCUAGCCCAGAUCACUGGUCUGUUACCUACCAGCUCCCUCCAUCAAUCCCAUAUUAUUCCCUGACAGAACUGUCUGCUAACAGCACUUACAGGCUUUGUCUUGGAACUAUGCAUGAUGUGAGCCCAGAAAGUGAGCUUUGCACAGAGGCACAGACUUUAGCAGAAUCUCCAAAAUCUAGUGCACACAUCAAUCAGUCUCGGGAGGGAAAUCUAACCUUGGUUUUAGUGCCAGCUGCCGCAGCUGGGAUUUUGCUUGUGGUAGUUAUAGUAAGUGCAGUAUGUUAUGCACGAAGACGUAGAGAAAAGGCACACGCAGGUGAGAAUGGGGGUCCUUUAGAGAUGGAAGGAGUAAAAAUGGCGCUCGAAGAGAAAAGUGACUUAAAAAAGUUAUCCGACAGCUCAAAUGGUCCAGACAGAGGAUGGCAGACAGAAGAGCCACUAAUGGAUUCCACCAGAAUAGUAAACAAUAAUGAUGCACCCACAGGCCGGCUUCCACAUUCUUACUUUUAA